AUAUACCAGAGUUGGACUUCUUGUUUCAUUUAACCCAUCUGUACUUCCGUCAAAACUGGUCUAUAUUAAUAUUAUUUAUUUUGGGCAACGCAGGCCCGAACUGGCAUUAAACAAAAAAAAAUUAACAUGAACGCGUCGAGCAUGUUGUUCCGCUUCGGCGUCAUUGUCACGCCGGACUCGCCGCACGUCGAGCUCUUCGUUUUGGGCUCGCGCGAGGAAAUGGGCCGGUGGGAGCCCAGCCAGGCGGUUCGGAUGACGGCGUGCCGGAGCUCGGCCUCGACCCGGGAGCCGGGUCUGUGGCUCGGCGACGUGCGGCUGCGAGCGCCCUUCGGGGACACGCUCUGGUUCAAGUUCAUCCGGAGAACCGGCGGACAUUUUGUUUGGGAAGGCAACGGGCCCCACCACGACAGAACGUGCGACUACGACGAGCAGAACGUGGUGGACGGCGUCUACUGCCACCCGAUCUGCCACUGGAUCGAAGAGACGGGCCACACGGACGAGAUGAAGCACACCACCGAGUUCUACUUCGGCGUCGCCGGUCAGAACGCCAUGCACUUCUCCAGGGUGCUACCGAGACUUUGGCUGGGCAGCUGUCCUCGACUGCCGGAACACGUGACUAUAAAGAUGAAGCACGACCUUGGCGUCACCGCAGUAAUGAACUUCCAAACAGAGGGCGACUUGAUAAACAACUCCCACGGCUGCGGGCAGAACCUUGGCGAAGGAAUGACGACGGACGCCAUGAUCCAGUUGUACAACCGCUGCGGGCUCGCGUACGUGUGGAUCCCCACACCUGACAUGAGCACCGAGGGUCGGAUCCGGAUGCUCCCCCAGGCUGUUUUCCUGCUUCACGGUCUCUUGGAGAACGGUCACACGGUGUACGUCCACUGCAACGCCGGCGUGGGCCGCUCGACGGCCGCCGUGUGCGGCCUGCUCAUGUACGUGCUGGGCUGGAGCCUGAGGAAGGUGCAGUACGUGGUGACGGCCAGUCGGCCCGUUGCGUACAUUGACGAGGAGGCGCUGGUGCGGGCCCAGGCGGACUUCGAUCGCAAGUUUGGCCGGCUACGAUCGUCCGUCUCCUACGCAGAAUCAUGAAGGCAAGAAGACAGACAGACGCCCUCGCAUGAACCCGCCCAGGAGACGCGUCAGACUUGUCCAAGAGAGUUCUACAGAGAGGUCUCAACUAUUUCACGCAAGGAUAUGUACACGGAAUCGUACGCCGCAUGUAAAGCAGGGUGAGUACUUUUUACUUGGAAAACUCACGAGUAAUAUUAUUGUAGUCUUUUUAAGUGAGCGGGUGUAUUCAUUUGACUUGGCUCGUAACGGAACCCAGUGCCCUGUCUUAAAAGUUCGAUGUGAUACAAAUGGGCAAAUAGACAUUUCUCUCCCGCAUGAGAUGGCGCGUUUACAUAUCCAACUCUUCGGCAUAAAGCAUGACACACUUCAUUCAGCAGUGAAAGUUGUUCCCAUGCAAUGUAUAAAGCGCUGAUAAUAAUUCAAUCAAGCUCAGAGAAGAUACUUCUCCCUUACUUACCUUCGAACGUACAGCCUUGUUUGUUGAUAUUGUCCACAUUGAGUUGUACGUGCGCUCAUCCGCGAGCUUUAAUCCAUCGUAGCCACUUGGUCAACUGUGUUGUAGGUUGUGUGUUUUCGUUAUAGUUCAAUUGACGAAUAUAAACGUCCGCGGCAGCGAAUGAAUCAAUUCCAGUGCAUCGCUUCCAAUGGAGCUCAGUGCUGGCAAUAUAUGGUACUACAACUUUAAAUCCAAGCUUCCUUGUAUACUGCAACAACAACAAUAAUAAAAAUAAACAAUAGCUAAACAAAUAUAUAGCAGGGGCAUGCGAUACAGUAAGGGAACAUUGUAUAAAAAAAAAAAUUCAAAAUGAAAGUAUGCAUUGUUUUGAUGCAUCUACCAGCACUACCGGGACGUACGAGGAACAUUUUCUUUUGCCUCCGGCUGAUGGUUUUCUCAUGAAUAACAAAUCUCUUUUGUUACGGAGUAACGCAUGCAGGCGAAGGUCUCGCAUACAUCAGCAAGUCAAUGGAACCGCAAUCACUCUCGGCCCGGUGCCGGCGCGGUCAAUAUCAAUCCCCCCCCCCCAGCGCAACAAAGGUGUACUUUAUAUUUCCUCUGGAAAUAUUUCUGCCGACACCCCUCAGGUCAACGUGAAAUUGACGCGCUUAAUUAAAGCCCCCGCUCUUUUUGUGUUUACAAGCGCUUCGGACCGCGAGACCGAGGCGCCGGCCGGCGUUUUCGAUAAUCUGCUCUGAGCUCGCCGUUCGCGUAGUAAACGAAAGUGCCGGAUGCCGAACGGAUUCCCCGAACGCUUCCACGUGCGCCUGGGCUCACGCGCAACAAUGUGAUUUUCUCCGCUUCCGUUAGUAGCUGGCGUUAACCCGGCAGCAUUCACGGAAGGGGAUAAUACACAAUAUUCAUGUUUUGAAUUUUCUUACUAUAAACACGAUACUGUACAUGCUGCUUAUGAAUAUGUUUAUGUUGCCAUAGCAUAGCGAUCUAGUCCAACUAAACAUAAAACAAAGAAAAUUAAACAUCCGCUUAUUUAUUUCUAAAAUAUGAUGCCACGCAGAUGAGCUAACAAAUUUGCCGUUACAGCGCUUGUGUAUUGAAUUCUUUAUCCCUGCAUUAUGGUGCCCAAGGUGCAGACACCAGAGGGAGCAGCACAAUGUACAGUGAAUUGAAACAACAAAAUUAACUCGCCACUUCAUGAUUUUCAAGCCUCAUUGCCGCUACAGAUAGGGGAAUGCACUCCCAACCUAGCAUACUCUACAACUAAAGCAUGCAUUUUAAGCAAAACAAAUAUAUUUCUUAAAUGAUGUAAUUAUAUGAAGUAUUUAAACUAGGCAUGUAGUUCUACUAUGCAGUUUACUAUCAGGAAAAGCUUAAAAAAAAUGCUUUGAAAUUAUUUUUUAGGCUUGGAACGCAUUAUUUCAGUUUGCAUUAAUCGUAAUGGGAAAACGCGCUUCGGAUUUUGAACGUUUCCCUUUUCAACCGGCCUUCUGGAACGGAUUGCGGUCAAGAACCGAGGCGCCGCUGUAUUUUAAUCGUCCAAAUUUGCCAGUGCGAGUACGUUUGCCAGCUCAUCGCAAUCACAAUCACAUUUGCUCAGCACUUCUUUGACCCCCGCUAUCCCCCCCGACUCCCUCGUCAAAAUCCACUCUCCCGACCUUCACGUCGUGCCAGGUUAGCCUUUGCGCCGGCAACGCGGCCCGUGUGCCAAAACCUCGGCUUCUAAAGAGGACAGCUGUCGGACGGACGGCGCCGGCCAACGCAUCAAAUGGCAGCAAAUACUGUAAAUUAAUUCAGCAUGUCCGGCCAAGACCUUCAGGUUUGACCGGGGUGGGGGCUAUACAAGCCAAAACCUGUCCCUCCUCUCGCCAACAACAAAAGACAUGAGACAGUGUCAAUUCAACAGAUUCUCUCUCUCUCACCAUAAUUCCCGGCCUACAGAGCGCACCUGGUUAUUUACAAAGAAAGACGGUGCACAGAAAGAGUUUAACGCCAGUUCGGCGCUAAUAAUAGCGCUAACGCUAGCGUCACGCAAAAGCGAGCGCUAACAAAGCCGGUUAAAAUAAAACUUACCGGUAAAUGUCACCGAGAAACGGCAGUAACACAGCGGCAACACGCUAGCACAGCGCUAACAGGGCCGGUAAAAGUCACUUCCUCGGUACAUAUAUUCCACCGGUCUCACUCUUACCUUUUACGCUCAAGUGCCCCCUUGCGCCCGUUAAAAAAAAAGCACAAAUAAGCCGCAUUAGCGCCUAAACCUUGUGUGUGCAGACGCGCAUGUAUGUAAUUUUUCUGAUCACGUAAAUUCUGAAAUAAUUUUUUUGGGAGGGGGAGGAAAAAGGAAAAAAAAAAAAAAAAUCACAAUUUUCUUGUGAUCAUAUUUAAUUUUUAUUUUUGUAAUAGGAUAACUUCACACAAAUUUCUCUUGAAAUACUCUUUAAAAUAUUAGACUUUUUAAAGCCCCAAUGUAAAAAAAAAAAAGCACAUUUUUUCGUCAUAGCUAAACAUUUUCCAAUGAUUUUUAUUUCCAGAAUUUGUUGUAUAACAAGUUUAUUUUCUUAAAUUUACACAAUUUUUAAUGGCUACAGGUGAGCGAGGAUGAACAAAUACAGGAAACAAAAAUAAUCGUGUCAACGCAGACAACAACUACACAGUGCGUCAACUUGAGUACGACACGUCGUUUAAAAAAGAAAUCUGGUAAAAAGUGCAGGCGGAUUGUUAUCAAAAAAUUUUAUUUGGAAAUAAAACAACGUCGCCGUUUUAGACGUAAAGUGGUCCAUCUAUUUUACAUACCAGAAAAAGGGAGGGGGGGAAGAAAAAAUAAACAACAACAACAACACAGUUCUGCCAUUGUAACCUAUUCGGUAAAAUAAUCACCCAAAUGAAGCGAGCGUCUGCAAAGGUGUGGGGGGGGGCGCGAAUAUUAGAGCGUUGUUAAGUCUCACAAGUCGCACGUGACACGCACCGUACGCAGCGUUAAUAGCGCGACAAAACAAAGGAAAGAACUCGGCACGCUUCAGCAGGACCAAACUGUGCUACAGUAACAGCGACUCGGAAAUGUUUCCAAACAAACAAGAACGACGACGGCGACUCGACGGCUCCUCCGCGCGGCGCUCCGAUUUUCAAACUAAAGCGUGUCGGAAUGAGGCUGAGGUAGCAAGGCAAUCAUGGCUUUCCUCUCGAUUGAGCGUUCUGAACCCAGAAAGAAAAAAAAAAAAAAAUUCGAUAUCAUCUGACGGUUGUCCAAAAUCUCUCGCCACCCGCAGACGCAAUCAGCUCUCUCGUCUACUGACUUCGCGGCGUGCUGAAAAUAUGGAAUGAGGGAUGGGGGGG